AUGAAAACGUGCAAGACAGGCAUCCAGAAAGUGAGGGACGUGUCAGAGGCGACGGUACUCGUGCUGGACUGGUUCGAGCGGCGCAACAAGCCAGCCACACCGCAGUCGCUGGCGGAUGCGCUGGGGAGCCGUGUGGCCAAGUCGCUCCUACAGAAAAUCUUGGAGCAGCUGCACGCCGAAGAGAAGCUUCAUGUAAAGGAUAUGAAGAAGAUCCGCUUCUACUACCGGCGCGUGCUGCCUCUGUCAGACGCCGACGGGGCCACCACGACCAAGCAGCACAGCGAGCCCGAGGACGAUCCAGCCGCCACCACCGGCGAACGAGGAAACGCGGUGAACGUACCAGAGGUAUGCGGUGGGGCAGAGACGUGUGCGGAAUCACCAGCAGAUGCGCAUGCGGCGCUGCUUCACGCCGUGGCCAUCUCCGCCGUGCAGCUUUCAGAGAGGAGUCUCCGCCUCACUCGCUGGCGCGGGUGGCCCUCGUCGACGGAGCGAGCAGACAAGUAUGCAGAUCUCGCGCGCGAAGUCUGUGAACUUAGGAACAGCCUAGAGCGCCUCCAGUCGAGGCACGCCGGGGAGUCAGCGGAAGCGCACGGUGGCGGCUCAUGGACAUCGCGUGUGCGUCGUGCAGUGUGCCGGUACCGGCGCGCUCGGCGCCACUGGGUGCAGCGCAAGGACUGGGCUAUGUGCUUGCUAGAGGCAACGGCGGGCGACGCCCACACCCCCUUGCAGGCUGCAGCGCUCUUGGGCUGCACGACGGAUGCCGAGGCGGGUGUCUCCUUCGAAGACACGGCGGUGGCGCUGCCAGCUCCACUCAUGCGCGAGUUGAAUCUCUCGCAGCGCUGA